AUGGGAGUAGAACAUGAGACACUGAAACAAGGAGAUGGAACAACCUUUCCGAAAAAUGGACAAACAGUCACAGUGCACUACACCGGCACACUGACGGAUGGAAAGAUAUUUGACUGCUCGAGGGCUCGGGGAAAGCCUUUCUCAUUCAAGCUUGGAGCCAGCCAAGUGAUUCGUGGCUGGGAUGAAGGAGUGGCCAAGAUGAAUCUUGGCGAGGUAGCCAUUUUGACCUGUUCACCAGACUACGCCUAUGGCGCGAGGGGAUACCCACCGCUCAUCCCAAGCAACUCCACUCUCAUCUUUGAAGUGGAGCUGCUGAAAAUAGAUUCCUGAACCUUGAACAUCAUGAUGGAAAU